CUUAGGUAGGUCGUGGAUGAGCUUCUCCUACACUUCUUCUCUUCUCUUUGACCACGAUUUCUGUCUCCCUCCCUUUCCUCAAUUCUUCCAGUUAUCUUUCCAUCCCUAAUUCAAUAUGUCUCAAACUUUGACUCCCGAAGUUACAUGGGCUCAGCGUUCAUCCGACUCGGACCCUGAGCGCAACUACCUUUACGUGAACAUCAAGGCUGCCGAGGUUCCCAAGGCCGAUGCUACUCUCAGCAUCACUGAGAAGAAUGUCUCUUUCAAGGGCACCUCCAGGAAGGGCGUAACAUACAACGUCUCCCUGGACCUCUUUGCCGAGAUCGACCCCGAGAACUCCAAAGUCAACCACACCGACCGCGAUGUCGAGCUCGUUCUCCGAAAGAAGGAGCUCAAGGAGGAGUUCUGGCCUCGCCUUCUCGAGAGCAAGCAGAAGAUGCACUUCUUGAAGACCAACUUCGACAAGUGGGUCGACGAGGAUGAGCAGGAUGAGGCUGGCGAGGAUGACUACGCCAACAACUUCGGCGGUUUCGGUGGUGAGGGUGGUGGUGACCCCAAUGCUGGUCCCGGUGGCCUAGGCAACAUCGAUUUCUCCAAGCUUGGCGGUAUGCCCGGCAUGGGUGGCAUGGGUGGCAUGCCCGACCUCAGUGCUCUGGCUGGCGGUAUGCCUGGUAUGGGCGGCGUUCCCGGUGGUGAGGGUGCCGAGGAGGACGAUGAGGAUCUUCCCGAGCUCGAAGAGACCGAGGGCCAGAAGUCCAAGAUCCAGGAGAUUCCUUAA